AUGCAGGCCUGGGUUUUGAUUGUGGCAGCUUUCGCCUCGGCGGCAUUUGGCCUAGACAAUUGCCACUGCCUUCCUAGCGACCCCUGCUGGCCGUCGCCUUCUGAAUGGAAAUCGUUGAACGCGACUGUCGGAGGCCGGUUGAUUGCGACCGUCCCUAUUGGAUCUCCUUGCCAUGAUCCGACAUACGAUGCAGAGGCAUGUGCGGUCUUACGGUCCAACUGGACCACGCCAGAGCCUCAUUUGGCUUCGUCCUCCUCAGUGAUGGAAUCCUACUUUGCGAAUCAGAGCUGCGACCCAUUCACGGCGAGGUCCAAGCCCUGCACUUUGGGCAACUAUGUCAGCUACGCGGUCAACGUAUCGUCGAGUCGGGACGUGAUUGCUGCUAUUCAAUUCGCCCAGCACAAGAAUAUCCGUUUUGUGAUCCGCAACACGGGCCAUGAUUACCUUGGACGUUCAACCGGCGCAGGGGCCCUCGCCGUGUGGACCCACCAUCUGAACGAGAUCGAGUAUAAGGAGUGGUCAGACAACUUAUACCAUGGCCCUGCAUUUAAAUUUGGGGCUGGAGUAAUGGGAUUCCAAGCCCUCGAGGCUGCACACCCGAAAGGUCUCACUGUCGUCUCUGGCGAUUGUCCUACUGUCGGCUUGACUGGUGGGUACACACAGGGCGGUGGACACUCUACGCUCAGCACGGAGUUUGGCCUCGGUGCCGAUCAGACGCUGGAGUUCGAAGUUGUCACUGCAAAUGGAACGUUGGUCACGGCAUCCCGAUCGAAGAAUUCCGACCUCUAUUGGGCUUUGAGCGGCGGUGGAGCCGGGAAUCUUGGCGUUGUGAUGUCGAUGACUGUGAAGGCCCACCCAGAUGCAAAGAUCGCCGGUGCCAAGCUUGCGUUCACCCUGGCAAACACCACCACCGACAAUUUUACCAAUGGCAUUGCUACGUUCCAUGCCCUGCUGCCGCAGAUGAUUGAUCAGGGCGCCACCGUCGUCUAUCAGGUGACUUCAACUGCCUUUCUGAUCACUUCUGUCACAGCCUACAACAAGACCUCGACCGAUCUCAAGAGAAUCUUCAGGCCCUUCCUGUCUGCACUCUCGGACUUGAAAAUCCCCACUCAGGUAGCUUUCUACGACCACGACUCGUACUACGACCACUAUAAAGCCUUCUUCGGACCUUUGCCGUACGGAAACAUUGCGGUAACCCUUUUCCAGUACGGUGGUCGCCUGAUUCCGCGCGAGGUCCUGGACAGCAACCCUGUUGGCAUCUCUAACGUACUCCGCAACCUGACGGACUCCGGCGUUGCUGCCAUCGUCGGUGUUGCCCUCGACGUCUCGUCUUUUGGCAAUCAGUCCAACGCUGUCUUCCCGGCGUGGCGCGAAGCGGCCAUCACCAUCCAGUUCGGCACACUCUGGAACGCAACAGCCCCAUGGUCUGAAAUGGUCGCCGAUCAGUACAAAAUCGCCGAUGACUUCAUUCCUCAGCUCGAAGCCAUCACCCCAGGUGGCGGCGCCUACGAGAACGAAUCCAGCUUCCGCCAGCACCACUGGAAGGAGACGUUCUUCGGCAGCACCUAUGGGCGUCUUCUCGCCAUUAAGAAGAAGUGGGACCCGAGCUCCUUUUUCUAUGGCAUUAAGGCCGUUGGAAGCGAUGCUUGGAAGGUGUCUGGAUCUGGCCGGAUGUGCCGGGCUUAG